AUGUUGCUUGACCAUCCCCUUUUUUCAACGUCCUCGCUAUGGAGAGCUCUCGUUAUGCCAAAUCUUGACAAGCUUAGGCAGCGCGAUUUUGGGCGCAUCUGUCGUCCUGUACUAAUCUCACAGAAUGAUGGCGGCCAUGAUGGUGAGCCGUCACCACGACCGGCCCGCGACCACGACGAAUGUACCAGUACUACUGCAGCUACAGACGAUAGGGGCACGUGUCCGCCAUCGAUGCCGAUUAGGAGUCGUCGUACCCCUGAGUUAUGCCCAGCAUGUGCCGGAAUCGACUUUGGAGGCUUUCUUGAGGAGGAAAAGGCCGAGCAGAAUCUAGGGAGGCUGGGAAGCUAUCUCGACGACGACUGCCCCUUCUGCAGCCUCAUAUUUCAAGGCGUUCAAUCGCACUGGGGCAAGGGAUGGACUCCCGAGAGGCUUUGCGCCGAGUCGGGCAGCCCCCCGACUCUCUUUAUUCAGAGCAAGAGCCCGACGGCUGUCCGGAAGCACGGCCGUGUCCACUAUCCGCAUCCCCGACUGUUGCUGGCACUGGAUGUCGAAGCGCCCGGGUACUCUGAGAACCGAAGAGUCAUCCGUGAGCUCGAUCGGGUCAAGAACAGACACAUCAUUGCCGAAAUCGAGGCCGUCCACGAUGAGGAGGAUACCUCCGGUGAUGACAGCUGGCUACACCAGUGCAAUAGCCAUAAGCACACAGCCCAGGCGCGUCGACAGAUGGAGCAGGGUGCCGUGGACAUUGACUUCUUCAAAUCGAGAUGCGGCUUCCGGCUCAUCGACGUAGAGCAGGAAUGCCUCGUGCUGAAAACAGAGCCGUGCACCUUUGCCGCCUUGUCCUAUGUCUGGGGCCGGCUUCCCACCGUGCUGAAACCCUCCGAAGAUGGCAGCGAGCUGCCGAUACUGCUCAGCACAAAACAAAGCCUGAAACGUCUCGGCGCCGCAGGCGGGCUAUCCCAGGCCAAUGUACGAGACGUGGAGCAUGCCAGGCUGCCGCAGACGAUUAUUGAUGCAAUGGAAUUCUCUCGCAGGAUAGGGAUGCGGUACCUCUGGAUCGACACUCUCUGCAUCGUGCAGGAUGAUCCCACCGACAAGUGCUUCCUCAUCCAAGCCAUGGACAGCAUCUACGGCAUUGCCACCGUCACCUACAUAGCCGUGUCCGGGGGAAAUGCCGAUGCCGGACUCCGUGGCGUGAGUCCUCGUAGAGGUCGUCCAGUCGAGGCUACGGAGAUUAUGGACAACGGUACAAGGCACAGGCUAAGUCUGAGCCCCCCAUCCCUCAACGAAGAGGUCCGGACGUCGCCAUGGGACACACGGGGCUGGACAUUUCAGGAGCAGGCUCUCUCCCAGCGAUGCCUGUACUUUACUGAGAACGAGUUAUUCUUCAACUGCAUCGAGUGCCUGCGGCGGGAGGCCUACGACAUCGAGAGCGCAUAUGAGCGACCCGGGAUCAAGUUCCGGACCGGCCCGCCGUGGUGGACCCGCAAUCUGCGCAAGGACCCCGACCCAACGCCGUAUCGGUACCUCGGCGACCUGGCUGGUACCCUCACCGCUCAGGACUACCAGGCUGCUGUCCAGGCAUAUAGCAGGAGGACGCUGUCCUUCCCCGAGGAUGUGCUCGCUGCCUUCGAGGGCGUCUUCAACCGCUUCUCUAGGCGGUCCACGUGCGAUGACCUGGUCCUGCAUCAGACGCAGGGGAUCCCGGUCGAGCACAUGCACCGGGCAAUGCUUUGGUUCCCAUCCGACGAGGCGAAGAGACGACUAUAUGGUGGCGAGGCUUCGGCCGAUCGGUUUUCGACCUGGUCAUGGGCAUCGUGGAGUGGACCGAUCGAGUUCAUGUUCGCAGACAGCAUGUGGAUAUCGAGAAACAUCUCGCUCGCACCGGCGAAGAAGAUACCCAUGCACGUCCUGAUUCCCUUCUGGCACUACGGCGGUACCGACAAGAGGUUCUACUCUCAGGGCAUCUGGAAGGCAGCCUGUGAGGUCACCGACCAGGCUGACGGCGGCGAUGGCAAGGUGGAGGGAGAAUGCUGCCGUUCGAUGCGGUACGCGCGCGAGAAGAUUGGCCUGGACAUGGACCGACUUCUCGACCACGCGAGGGAUGAUACAGCCCGGACGGUGAAGCUAGUGCAGGGCCAGCUCGCCUUCUGGGGCGCGUGCGUGUACGCCCGUCAGGCGACGCUGCAGUUGAAGUCUGGGCGCGUACGGCAGCUGCGCAUCGGACUGCACGCCGGGGAGUUCAGAUUUGACGGUGGAGAUGCCGAGGUUGACGAGUACGUCGCCGUCGUCACCUCGGACACGAUUACCAAGCCACCAGACACGGUGUGUAUACUGCUGGGGCUGCGUACGCGGAACGGCCCGUCCAAAAGGGUAGGUCUCGGCUGGAUAUACCUUUCCAGGGAAGCUGGAGUCGUGCCGCCGCCUUGGACGUACAAGUUGUUCAAGGUGGCUUGA